CCACAACCCCACCUUCUUCCCCGAACAUCCCCGCUGGCCGGAGAAUCAACAACGAACAUCACCGACUAUAAUACCUCCUCCUAUAUAUGACACCAUGGCUGAGCAUCUUCAAGAGGACGGUGCCAGUGAGACUUCAUCAAUAGACUCGAACGGCUUUGUUCAUUUGCGUUUUCCGGACACAGAUAUCCCCUCCCAUCCAGCGAACUCAAAAUCGAGCAACGUCAGCAUGACCGAGACGCACACUUUUCCCAAGGAGCUGCCAGACUGGAGUAACUUGGAAGUCUUGCACAGAAACACCCUCCCACCAAGAGCGUCCUUCUUCCUGUACAACACGUAUGAAGAUGCGCUGACACGUGAUAUAUCCAAGUCGAAAAGUCUCUCUUUGUCCGGGACAUGGAAGUUCAGUCUUGCGAAGAGUCCUUUCGAUGUUCCCCUCGACUUCUACAAUCCCGAAUAUAAUACUGCAGAAUGGGGGAAGAUGGAAGUUCCUGGUAUGUGGCAAUUGCAAGGCUAUGGCAAGGGUCCACACUACACCAAUAUGAUUUAUCCAUUCCCGAUCGACCCUCCUCAUGUACCGUAUGAUCAGAAUGAGACCGGGUGUUAUACUCGAACUUUUGAAGUCCCGGAAUCGUUCAAGGACCAGCAGUUGAGAUUGAGGUUCGAGGGUGUUGAUUCUUCGUUCCAUGUUUGGGUGAAUGGAAAGGAAGUGGGCUACUCUCAAGGAUCUCGCAAUCCAUCUGAGUUUGACAUAUCUUCCUUUGUCAAAGAGAAAGGAGAAAACACUCUGGCAGUGCAAGUGUAUCAAUUUUGUGACGGCAGCUACAUUGAAGAUCAGGAUCAGUGGUGGCUGAGUGGUAUCUUCCGCGAUGUCAACCUGCUUGCGUUUCCCAAGAUUCAUUUCCAAGACUUUCACGUACAAACUCACUUGGAUUCCAAGUACGAAGACGCAACUCUAUCAGUUGAAGUAGAGCUGAACACCCCGUCGCUUGUCAGCCUUGUGCUUCUUGAUGCAGCUGGCGAAGUUGUAGCCAAGAACAUGCAAAUCGCGGUCCCCAGCAUCACAUUCAAGGUCCCCAUAAAAGCGCCCAACAAGUGGACAGCGGAGACUCCGUACUUAUACAAGCUGGUUUUGACAACUUCGAGCUGCGCUGUUCACCAACGGGUUGGUUUCCGAGUUUCCGAGCUAAAGAACGGCAUCUUUCUAGUCAAUGGCAAGCCAGUCAAGUUCCGUGGAGUCAAUCGUCAUGAGCAUCAUCCGGAUCACGGACGAGCAGUACCAUACGAGUUUCUUCGCAGAGAUCUCCUGCUCAUGAAGACGCACAACAUUAAUGCUAUCAGAACUUCUCAUCAAUUGAAUGACCCGCGACUAUACGAUUUGGCUGAUGAGCUUGGACUCUGGAUCAUGGAUGAAUGCGAUUUGGAAUGCCACGGCUUUGGUGAGGUGGAUGAGAUUUCGAUACCUGAAGAAUUCCGUGAACUUCCAGAUAUCGAGAAGGCAGAGAAGAGAUCAAGAAAUCCAAAUCGAUGGGCUUCAGAUAACCCUGCUUGGAAAGAGGCAUAUCUCGACAGAGCAAGGCAAGCGGUCUACCGAGAUAAAAACCACCCUUGUGUGAUUAUAUGGUCCUUGGGCAACGAAUCUUUCUACGGCCGGAACCACCAAGCCAUGUACGACCUGAUUCAUGCUUACGAUCCUACAAGAUUGAUCCACUACGAGGCUGAUUACUAUGCAAAGACUGUCGAUAUUUUCAGUAGAAUGUACUCAUCUGUCGAUGAGAUCACAGCAUUUGCGACACAAACUGAGACAUGGGAGAAGCCGCUGGUAAUGUGUGAGUAUGUUCAUGCCAUGGGUAAUGGUCCUGGAAACAUCAGAGAAUAUAUCGAAACAUUCUACAAGUACCCUAGGCUCAUGGGUGGAUUCGUUUGGGAGUGGGCGAAUCAUGGACUCCGAACCAAGACAGCUGAUGGAAUAGAGUACUACGGAUAUGGUGGAGAUUUUGGAGAUGAGCCGAAUGACGAUCAUUUCGUCUUGGACGGGGUCCUAUUCUCAGACCAUUCUCCAAACCCUGGCCUCAUUGAGUACAGAAAGGCCAUUGAGCCUAUCCAGGUUUUAAGCGGUACCAAAGACAAGGUCAAAAUCAUCAGUCGAUAUGAUCAUACAACAUUGGAUCAUCUCAAGUGUACUUGGAGUUUAGUAGGUGAUAGCUUCAAGAAGGCUGGGAAUGAGGUCAAAAUACCAUCAGGCGUCCAACCAAACCAGAUCGUUGAUCUAGAGAUCGAGGGACUUCCGGAUCUCACAGCUGAUGAGACCUACCUUGAACUAAGCUUUACACUCCGCGAAGAUACGAAUUGGGCAAAAUCCGGUCAUGAAGUGGCUUUCGGUCAAGUACUUCUCGUUCCUACACCAGCAAUGUCCACCAUCAAAUCAUUACGCUCGCCUACGGCCCCAACUUAUAAGCAACUCACUCCUCAGCUUCUUUCCAUUGGUAGCUCUAGUGGAGUGCAGUGGCAGUUCAACAUCGUCCAUGGCACUUUAACAUCAUGGAAACGUCCCUCUGGCGAGGAGCUAAUCCAUACCCCUCCGGUGGUCGAUUUCUAUCGGGCAAUAACGGACAACGAUGGCCCUAAAUUUGGCAAAAUCUGGACAGCAACUUUCCUUCAUCAGACAAAAUGUCACGUGAGAUCAGUGUCCUGGUCAAACACACCUGACAGCGUAGUAGUCGUUGUGAACACACGAAUCGCUCCCCCUGUCUUGGAGUGGAGUGUUGAUUCUAUCUUCACGUAUACCUUCACCUCAAAGCAUGUCAGUUUGAAGAUCAAAGGUGUGCCUCAAGGUGUAAAUCUUCCACACACAUUUGCCCGGAUUGGUUUGACGAUGAGCUUGAAUGAUAUCGAAUCCGCCACUUGGUUUGGACGAGGACCAGGAGAGUCAUACCGAGAUAAGAAGCUCUCGCAACGAAUUGGGACAUACAACUUGCCCAUAGACGAGCUCUACACGAGUUACGAAUUUCCACAGGAAUCGGGGAACAGGACGGAUACGAGAUGGGUCCAUUUCAAAGGCAAUCACGGAGGCCUGAAAGCAUACUUUGGGCUCUUGCAAGAGGCUAGUUUCUCCGCGCUGCAUUAUUCGACUGCCGAUUUGGACGAGGCUCAGCAUCCGUAUGAUUUGAUCAGCAAGAAGAAGAAAGAGACAGUCGUGAGAUUGGACUGGGCGCAUCAUGGAAUCGGAACAGGAAGUUGUGGACCAGCGACCUUACCUGAAUACUCUUUGGAAAGUAAAGAGUUUGAGUAUGAAGUGCUGCUUGAAUAAGUAUCGUAGCUUUAAUGUCAAAGGUUAUUCAAUUAUUUUCCGCGACGUCUAAAACCUUUCCAAAAGCUUCGUCUUCAGCUUUUCCGAAUUACACAUUGCAUUAAUCUAGCCCGAUAAAAUCC